UGCAAUGGAACUUACACUUUUAACAAAAGAAUUCAGGACGAGUGAUAACAGACUUCUGCCGCAGCAUUUCCCAGACGUCUUAGCAACUGUUCACACCACUCAAGAAAUUCCAGAGGAGACUAUUUUGGGGCCGUGCCUGCUGCACGAUGCGCAGUUGGACACGGUGGCUUUUAUUGCGCUCAAGUGCUCAGAGAAAAGAAACAUCCAUUAUGUAAUCAAGGUAGAUGCCACAUCCGUGCAGAACCCUGGUGGGUUUCCUUGGAUGAGGUUGGUUCAACCAGCGUCCAACAAGAAAGAGCAGAACCUAGAAGCCUACUUAAGGAAUAGCCAGCUGUACUAUCGCCCUACAAGGAAAAUACACCGGAAUGAGGAACUCCUGGUUUGGUAUGAUGAGGAGCUCUCUGGGCUUCUGGGAUUCAAUGAGAUUAAAGCCAGCAGAAGACUCCACAGUGAGUUGGAUUGCCCAAACUGCAAGCAAGUUUUCAAAUGGGAGCACCCGUAUCUGUCUCACGCCCGCUUCCUCUGCUUCCCAGAGAACAGCGCCCAGCUCUGGAGAAACCUUUCCGCCCCAAAGACGGCGAAAAGCAGGUUGGUAGGACAACCCACAAACUUCCACAGCCUGGCUAGGGACCUGGAGUCCAAAAUGGCCGCUUGGAAAGAGGAUUCCCACGGGGAGAGGCGGGUGAACUGCGACGACCCGGAGAACGGCCUGAGCCGGAAGGCUGUGUUGUUGGAGAAGACAAACCACUUGCACGAAGGACAGCACAGCGGGGGCAGGGACGAAGGAGUUGCGCAGCAGGUAUCAGGGGGACCUUUCUGGAAGCUCGGCGCAGGAAAACAAAUGUCCGUUAAGAGGGGUGCUCUCCUGGAGCAGAAGGAGAGUGCGUUCACUGAAGUGAGGCAGAUAAAGGACAAGAUGAAAAUGGAGAAAGCCAAGGUGGUGGAACAAGGAAUUGGGGAGUCCCACCCUGGCAGGGACCCUGUUCAGUGUUCACCUGGCAGCGCAUUCUCCUUUGUGUGGCCCAACAGAGGUGGCGGGGAGCCAAAGAGUGCUUUCAGCAAGCCAGCUAAAUGCCUGAUGGACAGGAGGACAGCAGCUGCCCCUCAUCCUCUGAGUGACUUAGCAAAAGCACCAGGGGAGUUGUCAGGGGGUGUCAGUGCCGCAGACCUAAUGCGUUACAGCGCCCUUCUGGCUUCGAAGUUCCUGGCGAGCGACUUGAACGGCUCCCCGUUGCUGCAGACGGGCCUCGUUCAGCGCAACCCUUAUACCUCAGGGCUGUGGCCCAGGCAGAUGGAAGAGCAAAGGCAGGCCACGCCCGCCCCGGCCUCGAGCCCCUCGUCCGCUUCCUUGACUCUGUUGCCUCCCACCUUCACCUCCUUCAGCGUCGCGGCCCAAAACUGGUGCGCGAAAUGCAACCUCUCCUUCCGCAUGACGUCUGACCUGGUGUUCCACAUGCGCUGCCACCACAAAAAGGAGGGGGCUUCACCAGAGUCCCCACGCAAGAGGAGGCGGGAGGAGAAGCUGACCUGCCCCGUCUGCCAGGAAUAUUUUCGGGAACGGCACCAUUUAUCUCGGCACAUGACUUCUCAUAAUUAGGCC